AUGGCUGCUAAGAUGGUUUAUGAGUCCUUUUUUGUUGAUGACGGUUUGAUAGGAGCAGAUAGCAUUGUUGAAGCUAUUCAUUCAAGGAAAGAAAUGCAAGAAUUGUUUGCUAAGGGAGGUUUCUUACUUAGGAAGUCUAACUAUAAUGUCCUUCAGGUACUUGAAUCUAUUGAGCCUGAUCUCAUAGAUACACAGGAGGUACACACUAUCUCAGAUCCUGAUUUAGAAUACACUAAGACACUUGGUCUUGAGAGGAAUGUCAGAUCUGACUGUUUUUGCAUCACAGUUUCCAAAACUCUAUCCACUUCUAAUUUGACAAAAUGCACUCUUGUAUCUAACAUAGCUAAAGUUUUUGAUGUUCUGGGCCUAUUUUCUUCUACUACUAUAAAGAUCAAAAUUCUUUUGCAACGUCUCUGGGAAUCAAAGGUAGGCUGGGAUGAGCUAGCUCCUGCUUAUAUUACUGAAGUGUGGUUAAGGUGGGAAUCUGAGCUCAAGAGCCUUUCAGGAUUUCGUGUUCCUAGAUAUUAUUUCCCUGAGAUUACUCACUUGCAUAGAUUACAGCUUCAUGGCUUUAGUGAUGCAUCUGAGGAUGCUUAUGUGGCUGUAGUUUAUUUUCGUUCUCAAGACUUGAAUGGUACUAUUGGUACCUCAAUAGUGUUAGCAAAAUCUAGGGUUGCACCCAUCGAGAGAUUGUCUAUUCCUAGGUUGAAGCUAUGUGGAGCUUUAAUGUUAUCUCAAUUAUUGCAUUAUCUUAAAAAUCUUUUAAAAUUAUCUAUUUCCCAAGUAUAUGCCUAG